AUGAGUGUGGAACGACUCCUCACAAAUGCGGAGGUAAUGUCUCUUCUCAAUUACAAAGUCAAAAAAGACAUCGAGUUGUCUCCAUUCGAAUAUUUUGUUUAUAGACACCACGAGUCCGAAGACGCAAAACCUCUCUUCAGAAAAAGAAGGCUUUUGCUCUUGGCAGAGUAUCUCAAAGACUUUACCCUCUCACCCGAGGAAAAAGUCCAAAUCGCCAAUUACCCGCCAACUUCAAUCGUCGAGUUUUAUUCCCUCGUCACUGAACCCGAAAAAUUCUCCGACGAACAGAUCGAGGAAUUUAUAAAAAAAGUGAUGGAAAUUAUGGAGACUCCACUCGACGAUGACGAGACUUCAAAACCACAGAGACAACAAAAAGGAAAGAGGUUUAAAGAGAACAAGUGA